AUGGCAGGAAUCGUAGAUAAGUUGACCGCCUCUGGAGGCACCGAAUCAGCAGGAUUCCUCAACGAUAUCAUCGAGCAGCUAUGGCCAAACAUCAAUGUUGCCGGCUGCAGGAUGGUAAAGGAGAUUGUGGAGCCCAUGUUCGCUACGAUGCUUCCUGGCCCCCUCGCGAGCCUCAAGUUCGUCAAGCUGGACCUCGGAACUGUUCCCAUGCGGGUAGCAGAAGUGGACGUCCACAAGGUUGACAACGGCGGUAUCAAGCUUGACAUGGACGUGAUCUGGGAAGGAAAGAGCGACAUCGAGCUCGAUGGCAAGAUGGUGCCCAAACUGGGUAUCGAGCAUGUUCAUCUGAAAGGCAGACUUUCCAUCCUGCUUGCACCUCUAACAAAUAUCAUCCCCUUGAUUGGAGCUGCGCAAGUCGCCUUCAUCAACCCACCAGAACUCAAACUCGACUUCACCAAUGCUGCAAACAUCGCAGACUGGGCCUUGGUUGAUAAGGCUGUGCGCAAGGUCAUUCUGGACAUCAUCGCCUCAAUGGCUGUGCUCCCCAACCGUUACCUUGUGAAGCUUGACAGCAACAAUGACUACUUUAGAACAUACCUGCCUCAUUUGGGCGCUCUUCGCCUUACCAUUGAGAGAGCAAUUGGUAUCAACGGCCCAAAGAAGAGUGGCGCCAAGAGACUGUUGGCCAAGAUUGUCAAGGAUGUCCCCGACUGCUACGCUAAGGUGAACGUUGGUGCUGAGGAGGAGUGGCGCACAUCUGUUAAGAAGAAUGACCACGACCCAGAGUGGAACGAGACCCACGACUUCCUCGUCGCAGACUACGAUCAGCGCAUCUUUAUUGAUGUCCAGGAUGAUGACCUCGGUGGCGAUGACGAUAUUGGUAUCGCGACUACUACGGUCAAGGACAUUUUGCUCAAUGGCGGCUCCCAGGAGUUGGCUCUUACCCACAAGGACGAGCCUACUGAUGCCAAGAUCGUCGUCCAUGCAAAGUUCUAUAACUUUGUGGACAACGCUGAAGUCAUCACAUCCACUCGAAGUGAGAAUGAGCACCAAAUCGUCGGUCUCGCAACGGUCCUCAUAGCCAGCGCCCUCGGAUUGCAGGGCCAGCGCGACGAACUUAACCCCAGUAUCAAGGUGACGUGGGGCGCAAAGGAGUUCCGCACUGCCGCCAAGACGUACAGCCCGGGAACAGACAUUUUCAACCCGUCUUUCGAUCAGGCAUUCAGGAUCCCUGUGACGGCAGACUUGCUCGCCAACCCUGCCAACUUCAAGAUCUCUCUGCUCAACAAGGCUGACGAGACUGGUGCUGUUGAGAUUCCUUUCCAGGAUAUUCUUCAUGCGCCUGGCUUGGUGAAGGAGGAGAGCUUCGAUGUCGGAUCUGGCGCGACUGUGAGAGCCAGUAUCUCUCUUCGCGGCUUGCAGGUUGCGCACUAA